AUACAGAGAUCACCGGCUGGUUAUGAGCUUCGACUCCUGAUGUCAGUACACGUUGCUCAGUACAUUUUCAUGAGCUCGAGCGAAUGUUCUCGAUGGUGGAAGUUGUUGGUUGUAUCUUUUGUCGUUGUGUUGUGCUAUCGUAGCGUGGCGGGGUCUUUCAGCAUCGAGUUCGUGGAUUUCAAGCUGUUGGAAACGGAUUAUGACGGCGCAGUUUUCCUCUAUGAAUGUGACACUCCCUCGCCAGAUUCAUCGCCGCAAGAUAAGUCGAUAAGCCCCUCAACGUCCCAGAACCAUGGUCUUGUGCUCUUUCGACCGAACUCCCGGAGAAGGGGUGGCGUGGCGUGCAGGCGAGUGGAGAGCCCGGAGAGGCGGCAAGCUAUCCUCGCGAUGGCCACCUUUUUCUUGGUGCACAACCCCAAAUUGGACUUGGGCGAGCGGCUCUUCGACGCGGACACCCGGCUACCCCUGCAGCUCCCGACCCUGGUCAACGUCGGCGUCGAGCUGGACAAGGUUACCGCCGAAGCAAAAGUCCCCAAGUGGAAGACGGCUAACCUCCAAGACACUAAGGAACUCCUCGCUAAGCUCAAGUCCAUCCAACUAUUGCCGCACAUGUGCCCGGACUACUUGGUCAAUUUCUUCAGCGUCGCUGACAUCAAGACCUUCACUCUCAACUCGCAAGACGUGGUUAUGGACCUGGCUGGCUACGUGGCUGUACUCGAUAGAAUAGUGAAACUUUACUACGAGGACUACUAUCGCACCUUCCUCAUGUAUGUCUUCAAGUAUGAGGUGGACAUGCGGCUGAAACGUCGGACCCGCAUAAAACUGGUGAGCGCGCUGAAUAUUGUGCUGCCGAAAAUGAUGGAUCCGUGCUUCAUCAUGGCGCACCAGACGACGGCAAAGGCUCUGGUGGACGCCAACAAGUCCUGCUCCUCUUAUUGCAAAGUUUUGGUCGUCGCUGCUGAUAUCUAUAAGGAGGAGAGCAAAACCUGCAAGACGCGUUGGACCGAGGGCAAGUGCGAGAAAAAGCGAUGCAUCUGCCUCAAGCCGACCCGGGGGUUGAGCGUCCUGACAACACGCGCCCCGAUGCACCGAUGCAACAACCAAGUGGUGCAGGCCAACAUUCAAGGGAUCUUCCGUAGCGUCGGGACCAAGUGGUGGUGGACCAAGGGCCUCAUGCGGUGGAUCUUCGAGUUGCCCGACUUCAUCAACAAAGAUCUCUGCUCCCGGAUGCCGGACGGGACAAGGCUCCUUCGUCCAGCAGAUUCCACCUUGAAAGAGGAGCAUCCAAACAGUUCCAAGAUAGAGUCGACUGGAACCUAAUAAAAACUAAUGACCAUCAACUUUGCCGUGAAAGCGAAGAGAACAGUAAAUGCAAAAAUGAAGUUCUAAGGAAAAGAGCAGUUCAGUUUGGGCUCAGAAGCGUCUCACCGGAAAAUUUUCUUGGAAGACGCCUGCGUCUUCUCUCAAAUUGCCACUAAUCAUCAAUUUUGGCUAUUUGCAAGGCAUUGAUUCUCGAAGGCCGUUUUGACCUGUUCAGAUUUUGGUUUCUUCGCAAGCGGGAAGUUUGACUUUACUCAUUCCAAUGUGUACUAUAAAUGCUAAGUAAUUCCUGAAAUCAAAAGUUGAUUUUGAACCUCUUAAAUAAUUUUAGCAUAUUUUGCAUGAAUUGUUAGGAAAUAUUUCUUGUAAGGACUAAAUUCUUACUUUGCCUGGUGGUCCUUUCGGUUUGAAUAUAUUUCCUGUAAAAGCAGCUCAGAAUUGCUCCUAAGACGUUCAAAGUUUGAAAAUUCUUCUGGGCUCGCCUCUCAGUAUAGCAAGAGUUCCUUUGUGCUUUGUUCACCUCCCUGUGCGACAGGAAUUGUCUCGUAAUUACAAGCACCUCUGGUUAUUUUCAGGGCAUCUUCUAAAAUUUCUUGAAUUCUCCCUCUCUACCUUGUCAUUCUAGAAUUCGGCUAAAAUGAAAUCCUUGGAUUGACUGACUUUUAUCUGAGAAAAUUUUUAAGAGAAAAAUGAGAGGUGGCAAGUAACUUUCAAGCUCUCUAUAAGGAUGUGUAGUGGUCGUGAAAGCAUUGAAAACUACCAGGCAAAGGAGGAGGGCCGCAUGAAUAUUUGGACAUUUCCGAGUUUCCUUGGAUAAAAUAAAAGUUUUCAGAGAA